AUGGCAUCUGCUUCUUCUCCAACAUCUUUCACCGAUCUCCACCCACACAUCAUCCAGACCCAAAUCCUACCAAGACUCGACGGUCAAUCUCUCUCCUCCGCCGCAUCCACCUCAUCUUAUCUACGAUCCCUCUGCGCCGAUGAGAUUCUCUGGUCUGAUAUCUGCAACUCCAUUUGGCCGUCAAUAACCCACCCACGUAUUGACCACCUCAUCUACACCUUCCCCGCCGGUUACCGCUCGUUCUUCCAAGACUCUUUUCUGCCUCCAAUCACCGAACUCAAACGCCCUCUCCGCCACCAUCGCUGCUCUAGCUCCCAACCAGGAUCGACCUUACGUCAUCAUCCUUUGCCAUCUGAACUUAUUUCAGCCGUCGAUAUACGCUACGAUGACGACAUGAUUUACUCCAGAGUCGAAUUCACUGACACCACAACCGAUUUCCGGUCAUCGGCGUUAAAGAUUGUACUGGAGGACGAUCCGGGCGUCACCGGGAUGCAUCGAUCUAUUGACUUGAAAGUCGAGGAGCUCGUACACGCUGACGACGCAGCAAUAUCACACCUAAAAGAAUCUUUAACGUUAAACUGGAUCCUAAUAGACCCGACCCGGAAACGAGCAGUAAACCUAUCCAGUAUCAAACCGGUUCUUGCAUGGAUAACGACGGACAUUCAUAUCAGAUACGCUGUCGUUUUGCCAGGGUUUGACUUGAAUGAGUUGGUGGAAUGUCGAAUAGAGGUGACGUUAGCCGUGGGUAAAGGAGAUGUGUCUUUGAACGUGCGGGAGGUGACACUCCAUGUACAAGACGUGGGUUGUAAUUAUGUCACUGGGAAGGAGUUUUUGGUAAUUACAAGAAGGGCAUUUUUGGGAAUAAAUGAUUAUAGAGAGGAAGCGGGGGUUGGGGUUGGGGUUGACUUCUACCAAAAUGACUUGUGUGAUAUGAUUUAG